AUGGAUGAAUGCUGUGGUAUAGAACCAGAUGAAACUGAUCUAGCAGUUUGGCGAAAGCUAAAGGAUGCUACAGAUGAGAAUACAGUUCAGAAUCAGAUCGAAGAAGAUGAAAAUAGAACCCCUAAAGAUGAAAAGGAAAAUUUUGAGAAAGAAUUGAGGCCAAAUGAUAUGAUUCCUGAUGAAGAUGCCAACUAUUUAGACUACAACCUUACAAACUCUGAUCUCUUCACAAUAUUCUCCACCUUUGGCAAAGUCACCAAAGCCACCAUCCUCAAGGACCGUGCCACGUACCAGAGCCGUGGGGUAGCAUUUAUCCUAUUCAUCUCACACGAUGAUGUGAUAAAGGCCAUUAAGGGAAUUGACAAAAAAAUUCUCAAUGGAAGGACACUAUGCACCUCCACUGCCACAGACAAUGGUCGUGCUUUGGAGUUUAUUAGGAAAAAGGUGUACAAGGAUAGAGUGGGUGUUAUGAGUACGGUGGUGGAACUGGAUGCAAAAAAUGUGAUUGGGAUGAUGAAGGAAAGGAUGAUGUUUUUGAGACAUAAAAUUAGGCUUCAGCAGUGGAUGGUGAAAGGGCGGAGGAGAAUGUUGAGAAAUGAAAGAGAAACGGAUGAGGUAAAGAAGGAAAAGAGGAGAAGAAGAAAGGAUAUUUUAGUGAUGAGUAAGAGUGAAUAUUUUGGAAAAGAAAAUGGAAUUUAUUCAUUUGGUUAA